AUGUCCUUCGUCGACGACCUCACCGACUUCAACUCGACCACCAGCCACUCCGACAUCAUUGACAUUACGAAAACUUCAGCCGAACGUCUAUGCCGCACAGCCUUUACCUACGGGCUCAAGCCACACCCAGACAAGACCAAGGUCAUUAUCUCCUUCAACGGGACGGGCUCCAACGUCGUACGCAGCAGGCUUGCACAGCAGAACAUGACGUCAAUCCAGCUGAGCAUCAUGUCGAUCUCGGUCCAGAUCACAGACCAGCACCGACUCUUAGGCACUAUCCUAACCAACGGCAGCAUGGGACCCGAGGUACAGAAUCGCAUGCGACGAACCGAAGCUUCGGCACGAGCUCUUGAGAGGCAAAUCCUAAGACGUCGACACCUACUCCGCAAAACGAAGAUCAAGUACGUGCACGCCCUCUCGACCGCCUCGUUGACCUUCAACCAUCACGUCUGGCCAGCACUGACCCAGACCGACCACCAGCGCAUCUCCAACGCCUACUCGAAGCCCUACCGCACGGACUUCGACUUCCUGCGCACAUACCUGGACGACCAGCGCUGGCCCGCGACAAGCAAGCUCGACCCAGACGUGUUUUCAUGGGCUCGCACCACGCCGAAGCACUUCACCAACUCCGUCAACCUGGCCAUCACAAACUACAUCCGCGCCUCUAAAGACCGCGCCCACGCCGACAAGCUUACGAAG